CUGCGAGUCACCAAGCAGUACCUGCCUCACGUGGCACGCCUCUGCCUGAUCAGCACCUUCCUGGAGGAUGGCAUCCGCAUGUGGUUCCAGUGGAGCGAGCAGCGUGACUACAUUGACUCCACCUGGAGCUGCGGCUACCUGCUGGCCUCGUCCUUUGUGCUCCUCAACCUGCUCGGACAGCUGACUGGCUGCGUCCUGGUGUUGAGCAGGAACUUCGUGCAGUACGCCUGCUUUGGGCUAUUUGGAAUCAUUGCACUGCAGACAAUCGCCUACAGCAUUUUGUGGGACUUGAAGUUUCUGAUGAGGAACCUGGCCUUGGGAGGAGGUCUGUUGCUGCUCUUGGCGGAAUCCCGUUCGGAAGGAAAGAGCAUGUUCGCUGGUGUCCCCACCAUGCGUGAGAGCUCCCCCAGGCAGUACAUGCAGCUUGGGGGCAGGGUCCUGCUGGUCUUGAUGUUCAUGACGCUCCUGCACUUCGAUGCCAGCUUCUUUUCUAUCAUCCAGAACAUUGUGGGCACAGCUCUAAUGAUAUUGGUGGCCAUUGGCUUUAAAACCAAGCUGGCGGCUUUGACGCUUGUCAUCUGGCUGUUCGCCAUCAACGUGUAUUUCAACGCCUUCUGGACCAUCCCAGUCUAUAAACCCAUGCAUGACUUCCUGAAGUACGACUUCUUCCAGACCAUGUCGGUGAUUGGAGGCCUUCUCCUGGUGGUGGCUCUUGGCCCGGGGGGCGUCUCCAUGGAUGAGAAGAAGAAAGAGUGGUAACAGACCUUCCCCUCCCUGGCCGAGGCUCAAGGCCCUGGAGGACUGUCCUCUUCCCUCCCCCUCCCUUGGUAAAGGCACCGAUGUUUUGAGAACUUUAUUUGCAGACACCUGAAAAUUGAUGGUAAAAUCUGCUCUGGAACCCAUUCGGAAUCUGUCCAGGGCCAGCCAGCUGGACCUCACUCCUCAGGCAAGGCUGGAGUGAACAGUGGUAGGCUGUGGCUUCAGGCCUGUCUCCGAGUUCCUUUUAGGGGGUGAGGGCCUUCAAGCUGCACCGAGCAGACUCUUGUGUGUCAUUCAGAGCCGUUUCCCGCCUACUUUUUUAAGUUUGCGUUCUUAGUUCACACUACUAAAUGAUCGAGGGUGGUCCAGCCAAGCAUCAAACCCUGUUAACUCUGGCCCAGAGUCCUGCCCGGGGCUCCAGUGCUGGCUCUGCCCUGUGUUAUCUGGUAGGAUCAGUGAAGAGAGAAGCCCAAACCAGAGAGCAGUGCAGUGUGAGGGAUGGCCGCCACUGCUGGCCAAGUCGUUGCCAUCAGCUGGCUGGGUGCUGUUUACUGGGUGGAAGAUGCCUUGGGGGUUCCCACGGCUCCAGGCCACAGGGGUGGCACUCCUCGGAGAAGCUGCUGAUCUGGGCACUGCUGUCCCUAGGCCUGGCAGUGGGAAGGGCAGGAAAGGAAGUGGCUCAUAGGACAGCCACCGCCAUGGAACCAGCCUGGGGAGAGGCCCCAGCUCUCAAGAUCCCCAGGUCCAACCCAGUUACCUCACACUUGACCUUCUCAGAGCAAGGCCUGGACACCCCAGGCCAGGCUCCACCCAGCUAGCUCCCUGUCCAGGUUGGGUUGCCCCUGUGGACAACCCUGACGCUGUUCCCGAGGCUGAGGCUUGCUCAGAUUUUUGUCAAUUUGCUAUGCUGAACGCAGCCAAGAUUACUUUUUACGAUUUGUGAUGCCUUACCGAUUUGAUCUUGAUCCUGUAUUUAAAGUUUUCUAACAUUGCCUUACACUGUGUUUCUUUUUGGGGGUAUCUAAUGCUGUGGUUCCCUGCACGUCUUCACGGAGUGCCAGGAGGGUAUUGGGCUCGCCCUCUAGGUCUCCCCAAGGUUCACUGGAGGAACAGACUCAGCCCAAAAACUCCUGGAGGGAAGCUGACUGCUCACCUUAACUUUGGGUGCAGAGACCUGGAGGGCCAUCUGUUCUGGCAUCAGUUGCUGGGUGGGCAGGACUAUGUCCUCUGGGUCACCUUGGGCCAAUCCUGCCCCCUCUCCCAGUUCCCCACUAGCUCUGCAGGUGGGAUUCACCUUGCCCUGCCCGUGUCCUGCAGCCUUAUGGCCUGCCCCCUCAUCCCCACUUGAGCUGUGUGCGCUGAGGCCAUGGGAUCUUAUCUUUGAGCAGCUCCAGUUAGGGCUGCCUUUGUACAUCACCUGCUCUGUUACCUGCAGUGACAUUCCAGUUUUUGGAGUGAGGCAGACCCUGGGAAGCAAGUAUGUGCCCAAGAGCAGUGGCCCCCAUGCCAAGGGGGCCCUGUCUCCUGCCCAGCCCUCAGUGGGCUGGUGCCUA